AUGACGCCCUACAUGGCCGAACCCGAGGAGUUUGUGACUGUGCAUGAGGGCAGUUUAGAGUUUGAGGAGGCCGUGAACGCUAUGGCAGAAGAGUGCUUUUUAUACUCUUAUCAAGGAAUAUUCUAUAAUAUGCCUUCACAGCGCGAUCUAGAACCCCCUUUUUAUUGUGUUACUCAGGGCCGCUACAUCGGAGUUUUUCCAUCACACAUCUGGGAUGGCGUGAAAUUUGAACUCCGGACACCAGGCAAUCGUGUUGCUACGUACUUUACUGUUCGGUCACUUGUCCUGGGAGAACAGAAAGUUCAUCGUGCCAUCCGACGUAGGCUUGCAGCAAGCAGCGACUCGAACCGUAAAUAUCCUACUUGUGCUGUCGGCUCUUCUGAGGCAGGGACAUCUUCAAUCCAGACAAUAUACUGUGAAGUAACGUCCAGAGUACCAAAGAAACGGAAAAAGAAACCCAAGCUCAAUGUUUACCACUCAGUCCCAGUCCCUUCUCGCCAGCAUACUGAAUACCAAGCUCAUCAAGACGGGUCCAUCACCUAUACACUGAAGCGUCUCAAACCUCCCAAGAAUGCUCAAGCAACUAUCGAUAAUCGAACUCGCGCGACAAUGACUCUGCAUGAUGCGGCACCAUUGUCAAUCCCUGAGCCAUUCGAUGACCUCCCGCUGUCAUGCAUGAUAUAUAUAGAGAGUGAUAAGGAAGAUAUGAGAGACUGUCUAGCCCUCUGUCACUGA